ACCGACGCGUUACGCGUCUUUGAAAAUUCUUGCUUCGUUGCAAACAAUUAGACGUCUUUGAAACUCUCUCAGACCGUCAACAACAAUCCUGAAUUCAUCCAUGGCCUCUAUCUACUGCUGUAAGGAGUGCCAGACCGACCUCAAUCUCAGUACGGCCCAUCUCUUCCCACCGGAGUUCUACUUCGAGGCUGGGAACAAGGGCACGCUUUCCUUCUCGUGGGUCGACUCCUCCAAGUUCCGGUUCGAGAAGGAGGACAAGAUCAAGCCCUUCUUCGAGACCGUCAACUACUGGGGGAUCCAGAGGAAGAGGACCAAGAUCAAGUGCAGCAGCUGUGGGUGUCUUGUUGGGUACGUUUACGACGAUGGUCCUCCUCUCACGAACAGUACCGGCCAGUUCCACAUGGGUCCCAGCCAAGUUAUUCCUCGAGCUCCGAGGUAUCGGUUCAAGACCAAGGCGCUUCAGAUCGCAUCGCAAACCUGAAAGCUUUUCUGAGUGUUUGGACUUCAUUGGGUUUUUCUAUUUUUUGAGGAUGAUUGAUAUUGGACUGCCACGGAGUUGGAUGAAUGGGAUUUUAAGGACUCGGCAGGAUGAAUUGUAGAUCAGAAUUUUACUAGGGUUCUGAAAGAGCAUAGUAUGAUGAGGAGUUAUAAUUUUAGGCAAUGAGUAAUUGCUAUGGUCCUAUGCAGUGCUUAGUUGAAUGGUGGAAAUUACCCCUGACCAAUUUGAACUGCUAUUGCACAGGAACUGCAUAAAGUUCUUAGAGAAAUGAGAGUGAAUGGGUGAUACAUGGGAAAAUAGGGCCCUUUUACUUCUGAAGAAAAAGAAAAAACAAAUAAUGGAAAAACCUGAUUUACGAUUCUGAGGAAAGUAUUUUUCGUCUUCUUUUGUUAAAA